GCCGGCGGGAAGUUUGUAAACCUUGAGCAUUGGGAUCACUCAGCACUGCUCAGCCAGCUUUGAGCAUGGCUGAAUUGGAUGCUUUAAUUGAUCAGUGCCCACUUCUGCUGCCUCAAAACAGGGAGAAGACUGUGUACGAUGGCUUUAUUACCGUUAAGGAAAAGGACUUUCGCAUAAGAAUAUUGUUACCCAACGAGAAACAUCUAAGGCAUGCAAGACUCCAGUGCAGCUGGCAGUUAAAACGGGUCUUGCGUGGCUACCAGCAUGUUGUGAAACAGAGACUGCAACACUCCUCUGACCUGGUCAGCUUCAUCCUGGAGUUUAAGACUGUUUUGGAAAUUGCACUGAGGAAUAAGUUUGAUCUGCAUGCACCACCUCCUCCACAGUACUACACGCAACUUAUCAAAGAAAUUGAAACCUUGGGAUGGGAUAAACUUGCUUAUAUGGAUCCAGAGUUCAGGACCAUUAAGUUGAAGACUGAAGAUUCAGUGGGUCGAGAACACAUGAUCGCAAUUAAAUUAAAAUCAAAGUAUCCAGCUGAACCACCUGAUUGCUUGACAGAUUUUCCUGUUCCGUUUGUCAUUUCAUGGACACAACAGAGCUCACUGAUGAACCUUCACAGUCAGUUUCUGGCAGCCUUGGAGUCAUUGAAGGAAUUCUGGGAUAUCAUGGAUGAGCUAGAUGAGAAGACCUGGGUGCUGGAUCCUGAAAAGCCCACACGUAGCGCCAUGAUGCGGAGAAUUGCCAUAGGCAACAACGUUUCAAUAAACUUGGUGGUCGACCCGAGACAUCCUAAAAUGUUGCCGGAGUGCUGCUUCCUCGGUGCCGAUCAUGUGGUGACUCCCCUACGGAAUAAGCUGAACACUAAUAUGCAUCUUUGGAAUCCAGAGUGCAGUGUCCUGCAGAACCUGAGGGAGGUGCUGGAGAUCGACUUCCCGUCUCACGCCACUCACGAGAAGUCUAGUUUCAGUGUGGAGUGUGGCAUUUGCUAUGCCUACCGGCUAGCUUCCUCCAUCCCUGAUCAGGUGUGUGACGACCCCCGAUGUGGGCAGCCGUUCCAUCAAGAAUGUCUUUUGGAGUGGUUACGAGGGCUGCCUUCCUGUAGGCAAAGCUUCAACAUCAUCUUUGGAGAAUGUCCAUACUGUAGCAAGCCCAUUACGGUUAAGAUGACACUGAAGAAAUCCUGAUUGCUAAAGAUUCUGAAGAGGGAAG